AUGGAUCCGCGAAGACCUGGCAGAACGCCCUCUCCGGGCCAGCCACUACGAGGCUACCAGCUCGAAGACCGAUAUGCCUCUCCCUCUCCACAGCCUGGUGUUUUGGAGAUUCCCAUGGGACCAAAUACAGCAGCCGCUUCUGCAGACCGGCUACCACUCCAGCCAAGUUAUUCUGUCGAGAAUAUCCCCUACGCCUCUGGUAACUACCACGAUGAUUAUGAUCCACGCCCUCCCGGCCAGCGCCUGGACAGCGACUACUCACUUGAUCCCCAAGCGCAUCACGACGCAUACUACAACCCGCCCUACGAUCCCUCUCCGCAUGACGAGAUCCCACAUCCAGGCUAUGGCACGCAGCCAACCCACUACUGGCAAGAUGAAGAGGAUCAAAGGCCCAUGAUGGCUGGCGCAAAUUCGUACGGCCCAGAUCCGCACGAUGGAGAGGGGCUCGACCAUAUGGACCAUAUGGAUCCAGAGAACCCGUUCCACGACGAGCCUCUGCCUACGCCUAGUCCAGCCCCAAUAAAGCGAUGGAAAACUGUAAAGGAAGUCCAGUUGUUCAAGGGCAAUUUGGUGCUGGAUUGCCCUAUUCCCCCUCGGUUACUCAACCAGGUACCACAUGCGCAGCCCCCAGAGCGUGACGAAUUCACACAUAUGCGUUAUUCGGCUGCUACGUGCGAUCCUGCAGACUUUGACGCAGAGCGCUUUACUUUGCGCCAGAAGCUCUUCGCAAAGCCCAGGCAUACCGAGCUCUUCAUUGUCAUUACCAUGUACAACGAGGAGGACGAGCUGUUCGCGCGAACCAUGACCGGUGUGAUCAAAAACAUUGAAUACAUGAAUUCACGGACGAAUAGUAAGACGUGGGGCAAGGACGCUUGGAAGAAAAUUGUUGUCUGCGUGGUUAGCGAUGGACGUGCCAAGAUCAAUCCGCGAACGCGAGCUGUGCUAGCUGGACUCGGUGUCUAUCAAGAUGGCAUUGCCAAGCAACAAGUCAACGGUAAAGACGUGACGGCACAUAUCUACGAAUAUACUACGCAGAUGACCCUCGACAUCAAGAAAGGCGUGGUUGGCGUUAAAAAAGGAAACACGCCGGUACAGAUGCUGUUCUGUCUGAAGGAGAAGAACCAGAAGAAGAUCAAUUCCCAUCGAUGGUUUUUCCAAGCGUUUGGCGCCGUUCUGGAUCCCAACAUCUGUGUCCUGAUCGAUGCGGGUACAAAACCCGGCAAGGACUCCGUUUACCAACUCUGGAAGGCAUUCGACUUGGAGCCCAUGUGCGCUGGUGCUUGUGGUGAGAUCAAGGCCAUGUUGGUUCACGGAAAGAAGCUCCUGAACCCCCUGGUUGCAACACAAAAUUUCGAGUACAAGAUGAGUAAUAUCCUGGACAAACCUUUGGAAUCAGCAUUCGGUUUCAUUAGUGUGCUUCCCGGUGCCUUCUCCGCCUAUCGAUACAUUGCACUUCAGAACGACAAGACUGGACAAGGACCGCUGGAAAAGUACUUUGCAGGCGAGAAGAUGCACGGCGCCAACGCUGGCAUCUUCACGGCCAACAUGUACCUAGCAGAAGAUCGUAUUCUUUGCUUCGAACUGGUCUCCAAGAGGAAUUGCCACUGGAUCUUACAGUACGUCAAGUCUGCGACCGGUGAGACGGACGUACCGACCACCAUGUCUGAAUUUAUCAGUCAGCGUCGCCGCUGGCUCAACGGAUCCUUCUUCGCUGCUGUAUACGCCCUGGCCCAUUCUUUCGAUAUCUUCCGCAGUGAUCAUUCGUUCCUGCGCAAAAUGAUGUUCCUCGUCGAAUUCGUUUACCAAACUAUUAGCAUGAUCUUCGCCUGGUUUGCCCUCGGUAAUUUCUUUCUGGUCUUCCGCAUCCUCACAGGUUCAUUACAAAACGAACUCGGUACGACCGGCAAGGUGCUCUUUAUCGUCUUCGAAUGGCUGUACAUCGCUGUGUUGAUAACGUGUUUUAUCUUGUCACUCGGUAAUCGGCCGCAGGGUUCUAACAAGUGGUACAUGUCCAUGGUAUGCUUCUGGUGUAUCAUCAUGGCAUACCUCAUGUUCGCAUCAAUCUUCAUCACUGUGAAAUCUGUUCAAACCCAAAUCAAGGAGAACAACGGCUUCAACGUUGCGGAUCUCUUCAAGGAUAAGAUAUUUGCGACUCUGAUUAUAUCACUACUAUCGACGUACGUGAUGUAUUUCGUCGUAUCCAUAAUCUUCCUCGACCCAUGGCAUAUGUUCACCUCGUUUAUACAAUACCUCCUCAUGACACCAACGUACAUCAACAUCCUAAACGUCUACGCGUUCUGCAACACCCACGACAUUACUUGGGGAACAAAGGGCGAUGAUAAGCCGGAGAAACUUCCUUCAGUCACGACAAAGGCCGACGGUAAAGCGGAUAUUCAAGCACCAACGGACGAUGCAGAUCUCAACACACAAUAUGAGACCGAACUUCGCGUCUUCAGCACGAAAUGGAAAGAGGAGAAGAAGGUGGUUUCAGCGGGGGACAAACAAGAAGAUUACUACAGGGGUUUCCGAUCUGGGGUCGUCUUGUUUUGGAUGUUUUGCAAUCUCGGGCUUUCUGCCCUCGUUCUGCAGGCAGGCGGCCUGGAGCUCACAGUCAGCAAUCCAGACGAGGCGCAGAAAAAACAAACCCAAGCGGCAACAAUUUAUUUAGCGGUGGUCCUCUACAGCGUAGCAGGAUUGGCUGCUUUCAGAUUUACUGGUGCUAUGUGGUUCUUGGUGGUUCGAAUGUUCCGCGGUGUCUGA